UAAUGGGACUUAACUCCUACUCAAUGUUUAUAAAAUCAAAAUGUCUAACACCUUGCCUUCAAAUUCAGUACCUAGUAAAAUAGAUUGGUUAUACCCAGACUUAAUGUCAAAAGAUGGUUUGCUGUAUAUUCUUAAACAGCGUUACAUAGACCAACAUAACUAUGAUCUGGAAAAUCUUAACAAAGAAGACCUGAUAGAUCUUUACAAUCAAUACAUUUUGCCCUUACCUCAAAGGAAGUAUCGAAGUAACAGAAGAGGGAAUGAAAUGUGUAAAAAACAAAUAAUUUCAUCAAAGAAAAGAGCUUCAGAAUUUAAAGACGACUCUGAUCAACCCGCAAAAAGACAACAGAUGAUUACCAUGGCUCAAGGUUCUGGUGAUAGACUCAAGCCCCCGCCUUCUUCUGCAUCUGGCAACAAUAAAGUUGUUAAACUGAGUCAUUCCAAGAACACUUAUCAGCUACCUGAGACUGAGUUCAAAGAAAAAUGUAACAUGAAUAGUCAAGGAAAACAAUGCUCUAACAACCAAAAUCAGGGCUGUAAUUCCAGGAAGAGACAUUUUAAAGAUGAUAAUCAUUCUGACCAGCUAACUAAUACAAGCCCUUCACCUAUCAAGAAAAUAAAUAAGAUCUCUUGGCCAUAAUUAGAAAUUCUCUUCAAAAAUCAUGUUCACUUUAUUAAUGAUUAAUUAGAUAUCCAUAAUAAUGAGUAUGACAAUCAUAGUAAGGAACAAAAAGGUAAAUGACACUUUAGAUGUUUUAUUGUUGUGUGUAAGAAAAACAUAAUGCAUUCUUUGAGAUACCUUGAUAAAUAAGUGUAUCCAACAAUUUUGUGUUGUUUUUCUUCUUGUGUUGUUGAUUAAAAAAUCUAUAUUAAUGAAUUUUUAUGAAAAUGGAAUAUUGAUUCUGUCAAUAGUUUACCAUACAAAUUACAAAAAAAACAAAAACUGUAAACAAUAAAAUUGUUUCCAGAUUUCUAUUAUUUUACAAUUUAAAAAUACAUUUUUAGACUUAUAUUAUAAAUUUCUAGUCUAUUAUUUAUGUAAAACAAGAAAGUCUUUUUAUGUUCCUUUAACUUCCAAGUAUUGUCUAAAACAUAAUGUUUUAAAGAUGAGUUUGGGGUGAUGGAUUAAUAUGUUUUUAUAAUAAAAUGUCUUUCUUCUCCCUCCCCCUAUUCCAUUGAAAUUGAAACUCUUCAUUUGGAUGAAAUCAACAUUUAUUCUUUGGGUUCCCUGUUAAAUAUGUAGCUUCUCUCAUUACUUUGCUAAUGAUGGUCUUUUGAAUUGCAUCCAAAUUCUGCUUACCAAUAUCUCCUAAUUAAUUUGAACUUCAUAUCAAAUAAUUGAAGUUUAAAAAUUAAUGUUACUGUUAAUGCAUUAACAUGCAUUUUUUUUCAAAAUCAACAUUGUCUAUGAAAACAAUAAAAAUGAUGAUAUGAUUAAUAGCCUGCAUACAUUUGGAUAGUUUGGCUGUGAUGUGUAAAGUUUUAAGGGUGAUAUGAUGUAAUAUAUUGUUCAGGUUAAUGUUUUGUAAAUGGUACUCCUUUUCUGGUUAGGAUAUUUUGUUCUAGUUGGAUUGGUAUUUACACAAAUAGAAACUAGAAUACUAUAAGAAAAUGAAAAACUAGUGAGCUUUCAAACAUUUAAGUGCUGACCUACUGGUGUCAUCUGUCAACAAAUUCCAAGAGCAGAAAAGAAAUGCCCCAAAGGAGUGCAGACAAAAGUUGAGAUAUCACAAUAAAGAUUAAUGAUAGCAGAAGCAUGGUUGGUGCUAACCUAUUAAUAAACUUGUUGGACCAUCAAGUAAAUAGGACACAUAAAAGAGAAGGCCAAGAAGAAACAUCUCUGCAAAUCUUCCCAGUGGAGAUAUAUUGAAAAAAAAAUUUUAUGUGGUGACCAAUUUGACAAUACAACUUGCCUAUGUUCAUCAUCUUUUAAAUAAAAGCAUUUUGAUCUGUGCUCAGUGCAAUUGAGACCAUCAUUAAAAAGAUGUUUUUGAUUGUUGUCUUUUAAUAUUUUUUUUUUUUUUUAAUAUUAUUGAUAUUUAAAUUUUAUUUUUUUUCAUCUGUAUGUUUUGAUAUUUAUGUCCAGAAUUUGAUCAUUGGAUGACCUUUAUGUUUUGUUAUUUUAUGAACAGUAUUUUUAAUUCAUGAAUCUACUUGAUGUUCCUUGAUUUGAAUCUUCCAAUCAUUUUAAUGGGUUUACAUUUGCACAACUGUAAAAGUUGUUUCAAAAGGACUGCAUCAUAUGACAUUAAAUUUCAAUAAUCCACUGAA